AUGCGUAUUACUGCUGCUACCGUUGCCGCGCUGGCCCAAACCGCACUUGCGGCUCCUGAUGUCAAGAACUUCAUCUACAUCGUUCCCGAUGGAUAUGGCCCGGCUUCCCAGACCAUGGCUCGAGACUACGUCUCGUUGAUCCAGAAUGGCCAGAACCCCAAGGCUCCCGUGACCUUCCAGCUCGCGGCUGACAAGUUGACCAUUGGCAACGUCCGUACCCAGUCCAGCGACAACUUGAUCACAGACUCCGCAGCCUCUGCCACCGCCUUCGCGUGCGGUGUCAAGUCAUACAACAAUGCUAUCGGAGUCAACCCCGCUGGCGAGCCCGUUGGUUCUAUUCUCGAAGCUGCCAAGCUUGCCGGCAUGAUGACCGGUAUGGUCGUUACCAGCACCAUAAACCACGCCACCCCUGCAAGCUACGCGGCUCACGUUGCUGAUCGUAACUCCUACGCCAAGAUCGCGGAGCACGAGGUCGGCUAUGGCCACCCGAUGGGCCCCGUCUCCGAUAUCCUGCUCGGAGGCGGCCGAUGCUACUUCAAGCCUCAGUCUGACCCCGAGUCCUGUCGCAGUGAUGACAUUGAUCUUUUGGGCUUCGCGGAAAAGAACGGCUACCACGUCAUGCAGAACCGCUCCGCAUUUGACGCCCUCGAUAGCGGUCUGGGCGGGAUCCAGAUUCCUUACCUUGGUCUUUUCAGCGAUGAUCACCUCAUGUACGAGAUUGACCGAUCUCGCCAGCCUGAGAAGGAACCCUCCCUCCUCGAGAUGGUCAAGACCGCUCUCAACUCCCUCCACCGCGCCACCGAACCCAUCGACCAGGGUUAUUUCCUCCUCGUUGAAGCCUCUCGCAUCGACCACGCCGGCCACGCCAGCGACCCUGCCGCCCACCUCUUCGACACGAUCCACUACAACGAAGUCAUGGGCUUCGUUCGCGAGUGGAUUGACGAGCACCCCGACACCAUGCUCAUGUCCGCGGCCGAUCACGAGUGCGGCGGUCUGACCCUCAACGGCUUCAACCCCCUCCCCCUCGGCAAGGCCAACUCCUCGAUGGAGGCUCUCAUGAACGUCUGGGCCGAGUUCGAAGGUUCCGAGAGCGAGAAGAAGGCCUUCUUCGUCAGCGACAUUCUGCCCGCGUACGGCCUCGCCGACGCCACCGACGCCGAAGUCGACGCCCUGCUCGCCGGAGAUUGGAGCAGUGGACUUACCAAACUUCUCAGCGACAAGGCCGGUGUUCACUGGUCUACUGGUGGGCACACCGCUGUCGACGUGACACUUUACGGCUACGGGGCGGGUGAGAAUGGCCGCGCUAUCCGGGCUGACAUGGCGGGCAACCAGGACAACACUGACCUUCCCAAGUACAUCGAGAAGGUCCUGGGUCUCAGUUUGAACGAGGUCACCACUCGUCUCAGAGCCAAGGGCACUGAUUGGGUUGGCAAGCGCGACUUCAGCAAGCGUUCUGACGACCAUAUUCACGGACAUGACCAUGCCCAUUGA